CAUUGAUGAUGUGUGUGGGCGUGGUCGACGUCCAAGCAGGUGGCUCCAACUGUUGGUAGGCGGAAAGAGAGAUCCGUUGAUUGUGCGUUGACUUGUGUCUUCUAAUUUAUUCAUUUUAGACAUUUUAAACAUGGAAAUCAACAAGCCCAGGGUUGUGAACCACAGUCCACCAUACGAGAAGUUGUCCAAUGGAUACACACUACCUGUGGGAAAACUUACUCCCAAUGCAAUCUUUGUUGGAGGAAUGGACCCGAAGGUGGAGGAGAAUGAAAUACGGGACAUUUUUGCCAGAUACGGUGAUGUCAAGGAAGUUCGAAUUAUGACAUACCGUGGAGGAAUCUGCAAAGGGUAUGGCUUUGUGUACUUUGGAGAAGAUGUCAACAUCCAGCCAAUCAUUGAGCAACACGUAAUGUGCAAUGGCAGAAAACUGAAGCUGGGACCUGCAAUCAUGAAAGACAGGACCUCGCGUAUGUAUACCAGUAAACCAAUGCGCUCCACCCAGUACUUCUACUGUACAUACUGUGCACCCGUAGGUGGCGGCAUGGCACCGCCUUCUCCCAUCGUUAAUGCAGGCAGCCCCUACACUCAGACGUACCCUUUCUCCAAUUUUGGAGGUGUGAUGAUGCCACAAGUGCCAGUGAACUAUGCACAGAAUGUCUAUGCCUAUCAGGUACAGUAUACUCCAACUCAAUGGACAGCUGAUGGGACAUCGCACCCUCUUGAUCAGAACUUUGUGGACUGUGGAGUUCAGACCGUGUUACCUGUGCUGUAGCCUAUUACCAUGGUGCCUUCUGCCAGAUGCUGACAACAUCAUCUAAGGCAAACAGGACAGGACAGACAUCUUGAUGCUCCACCAGUACACCCUCACUGUCUGAGACCCAUUUUAACACUAAACUGCUGGAAAGCUUUACUCUAACUGUAUGAGUUUGAGCACAGUCACUUUGGCUGCACUCUCUAAGGCUGACCUGUGGUUGAACGGCUUUUACCCACAUGGAUCACAGACUGCACCGGAACGAGCGAAGCACACUCAUUGUCACCAUUUUGUUUUUUUUUUCUUGUUAUUGACAUGCAACACUGAAAAAAUUGACUUAAAAUCACCUUUUGUGUCUUUAUAAUUCAUAUUUGAUUUAUUUUGGGGUUAUUUGUGUUUGUUUGUUCUAUAACUUGUCAGGCUCUCUGUAUGUGAACACUACUGUAUUUCGUUGAAUGUUAUUAGCGAUGAUAACAGUCUGGUUGUUGCAGCACUAAAGUAUGUUUCUUGAUAUCAGCUAAGCCUCCCUAAAAAAAUGUAUUUCAUUCCUCAAUGUAACUUCCAUAACUGGUCUUUAUUUUAAGAAAAGUCGUGUUAAUUCUGGACGUUUUCAAUUCACUUAGUGCAGCCAUUAAUUGUGCCUGGACAAUUUAAUUUUAAAUUGUAUUAAUUUUUUUUUCUAAUUUAUGUCUGGGCUUCACAGUAAACAAUCACGGUGUUAAUUUUACUUCCCAUCAAAUUUUAUACAUCUGUUCUGAAUCCAUAUUAAAAACUGAAUGAAGUACGGCGAUGUGCAACAUCAGUUCUGGGUAGUGGCUCACGGUACACGGUUCACUUUGGGUAGAAAGAGAAAAAGAUUUGUUCUCGGGUUGUCAUUUUCUGACAUCACGUGUAUAGUUUUUUGUAUUCAUUCUAUCUUGUUUACUUUUAAAAGCAGUGUUGAAUUAAUUUUUUUUUUGCCACUUGAGUGUGUGUGUUUGACUAUUUUUCUUGUAUACAAGUUUGCCUCAGAAACUGUUUCUGUGCUGAUGGAACUGAUUGUAUUCGAAGUUGCUUUGUUCAGAGAGUCUGGUUACUACACUGGUUUAGUUCCCUGUUAACUUUUGUGUUUUUGAAAGUUUGAGCGUUAUUGUUUGAAAACAUAAAUAAAUAAAAGUUGUCAUUUCAGUCUGUGGAGCUUGUGGGUUUUCUCAACAUUUGCCCUGAGGUUGCCACAGCCAAUCAUCUGCCUCCCACUGGCACCGACCUUUUUCACCACUACAUCUGUGACAGUCUCUUCUGCCUAGCAACUCUAAAUACUGCUCUCCGUUUCACCUCGGAUCAGGUUGAAACCGUCUUAGUGUUGCAUCACUGAUCUCGUCUCCAAACUGAUCAACAUUUCCUUUCAGUCUGCUUCAAGAUCUCGGCAUCCAAACUUGGUUUUUAGAUAUAUUUAUCCCAUUAAACCUUUAUUUUAUGCAUGAACUUGACAGUCGAUAAGGUUGGACGCUCGGGAUUUCCAGACUGUUGCAGCCCCUACAAGCCUGUCGCACGGCUGCUGGUUUUCAGUCAACCUGGUUUUGCCUGUCUGCCCUGGCAACAAGCCCAUCAUCAUCAUCAUCAUCUUGUUCACAGAGCAUUUUGUUUUUGUCACAGUCUGGUGGAGUGACUGCAGUCCCCGGGGUCCCCUGUCCGGCCUAUGACCACCCAGCCCCCGGUCAGAGCUUUCUGAAUUAUAGAUAAAUCUGGACGGGUGCUUAUAAAAUAUGGAUUUUCUAAAGGAGAGCCCUAAGUAAAAAGGUAAAAAAAUGAUGGACAUUAGCGACCUCAAAUGCAAAAUAUCAAAUUCUCCGGGUUACAUUUUCUGUCAUUACAUGGUUGCAGCAUUAAAGUCUCAUACAGGUAGACAUACACAACAAAUUCAAUGUAUGGACGCAUUUAAAGUUGAAGCGAUUUGUAAAAUAAAAUAGUAAUCCCACAUCCUACUGGCCAAUAGGCUACAAGCCAAUUUUCCCCUUACUUUAUUUUUGAAAUAUGAGUUAAAACAGAAGGCGUUGUAAUCACUGCUGCGGACCUCAAGGGAGGAAAGAAAACCUGGACUUGUAUGAUUUAUUAGUUUUGUUCCCUGUUCCGGCAGUCUGAGAGAAAAACACAUCUGACCUGGUUAAGGAUUUCAACUGACCCUUGAGCCAGGCCUGGGACAGACUUAUUAAACCUGGGUUGACCUUGACAGUCAUACUUGAGAGUUAGUUUAGUGAGUAUUUUAGAAACAUUUUGCCACUGAAUCUGAAUGUGUGACCAUUUGCAUGGAACUUGGGACUUGGUGUUUACUUAUGCUGUAGGAUCGGAAAGCCAAAAAAAAUAAAAAA